CACCACAACUUUCUUCACUUUAUUCCUGUAAAGACAACUCCUGUUAAAGUUGUGGUUUCAUGUGAUACUGUCAGAAUACAUGGACAGGAAUACUCCAUGACUCUUUGGGUACGAUAGAUCACUUCCUUGGAGACGCAACAUAAAGUAUGCUACAUUGAUAUCAGAGUCUGAUAGCCACUGCAUACUGAAGAAACUGCACAUAGUCCAGAGUCAGAAAACAUCAUGUCUGCGUUCAACAUCGAAGCAAGUGAACAUGGACUUUAUAAACCAAGAGAUUCACCUGACAUACAUUUUACAAUUGCUGCCUGUUGCAUUUUUGUAGUCUGUCUUUUUGGAAUGCUUGGGAAUGGUGUUGCAUUCUGGUUCCUCUGCUUUAGAAUCCCAGUGAACACCUACACGGUGUAUAUAAUCAAUCUGAUGAUUGCCGACAUUAUUUACCUUUUCUCCAAUGCUAUUCUUAUGAUGCUACAAGUCGAUCAAUUAAUGGAUAUUCAUCCCUAUUCACAUGGAGUAGCUAAUACUCAUCUAGUUUUAGAGAUUGUCUGUGAUAGCUCCUACCAAGGAGGUAUGUUCUUCCUCCUUGCUAUUAGCAUAGAGAGAUGUGUAUCUGUUUAUUAUCCAAUCUGGUACCGUUGCCGUCGCCCAAAACACCAAUCAUUAAUAGUUUGUUUAACCAUGUGGUUUUUUGCCUGUCUAAUUAGCUGCCUUGAAAAUAUUGUGUGCUCCCCCAAAUGUUUUUCAAUUGAGUCUGUGCAAUGCACAGGGGUUCAGGCAAUGUCAUUUGUAAUAUCAAUUUGUAUUUCUGUUCCACUCAUGAUCUUUUCCAGCACCAUUUUACUUAUAAGAAUUCAAAAGACGUCCAAAAGGUGUCGUACUCCUAAACUCUACAUUAUCAUAAUAAUUACGGUCUUUGUAUUUCUUAUAGCUACUGUGCCAGUGAAAUUUAUGUGGCUACUACUGCACUUAAGGUAUUUGCCAAAUGGAUUCCAAACUAUGCUUUUCUUUUUUGCCAGCAUUUUAUGCACUGUUCUCAGCAGUGCUGUCAAUCCAUAUAUAUACUUCAUGGUGGGUAGGCAAAAAAAGCAGAAGAAAUUGAAAUCCAAAGGAUCGAUUCAUUCUGCUCUUCAUUCUGCUUUUCAUGUCGAAGAGGAUGAGGCAGUGAAAACGUUUAAAGAUAACUCAAGUAUCAGUUACAUAAAGGCUUGAAAAGGUAAAUAAAGUUAUAUACCUCAUUAAGAGGGCAAUACCGUAGCAAAGAACCUUUAAAAUAAUACUGCUCUUUGCAUGAUUUUUGUUAUUGUAGUGCAAACUCACCAAUCACUGGACAGCCCGCACUAUUACUGAAAUCAAAAUAGAAAAAUAAAAAAAGAGAAAAAUAGCAUAAAUUGGGAAUUGUUCAUUAAUUGCAGCUUGGUUAGUAACUCACCCAGGGCCAGAUUAACAAAGGGGCUAUGGGAGUAGAAGCUCCAGGCCCAUGCUUUGAUUGUUCCAAAGCAGUAACAAUAUAAAUGUUAAAUUUAUCGAUGAAUUCCACACUCCACUAGCUUUGUAUUGAAUUUAUCUUUAUUAAUUGCCUCCCAAUCACUGCAUUAAUGUUAUAAUGUACUGUGCUUAUUGACAAUAAUCACCAUAAUCACCUACAGGCCCUAAUCUCAAUGACCAUCUAAAAUAUGACUGAGUAUUGGUUCUAUAGACUAAUACAAUAUGUUAUUGGGAAUAAAAAUCCCCCAUUCACUGAAAAUGUUUGCAUUGUUUAUUCACUUAAGAUGAUACCCUGCCAUGUGUCCUUUACAUAAAAAUGUGUCUCUAGCACUGCAUUAAAUGAACACACCGGGCACAUUGAAUUAUGCAGCCCACUAUAGUGGUUAUGACGCCAGGCGUGUCAUGGAAGCAUCUGUUCCAUUGUAAGAAGUCAAACUGUUUUUAAAAAGUAUAAAUUAUUACCUGUUUUCUGCUGGGUACUGUCUCUAUUAUCAUGGCAAUGCAGGGUUUAGCUCAUUAGCUUAGCAGGGGCUCUUAACCUG